ACAUUUUUGUGGUGCAAAACCUGUCAGAGUGCAACAAGUGGGGCUGAAACUAAAAAGGGAAGCCAUUUAAAUGCAGCAUCUAAAAGUUGUGAAGUCGACCAACGAGUUGAAAACUCCAUCAGUAACUCGUUGAUCGUCUGCUCUGUCGGUCGGAGUCAACUGCCUGCUUUCAGGAUGGAUAAAUGCCGGGGCUCCUCUGGGAUAUUGAUCAUCGGGGCAGGACUCUCGGGAAUAGUCGCCGCCACUAGACUCCUCCAGAACAACUUUAAAAAUGUACAGAUCCUGGAGGCGGAGGACCGCAUCGGUGGGCGGAUCCACACCAUCCCUUUCGCGGACAACGUCAUCGAUGUGGGCGCCCAGUGGUGUCAUGGAAUGCAGCGGAAUUGUGUGUAUGAAAUGGUGAAGGAUCAGGAUAUUCUCCAUCCAACGGGCGACUAUUACAGCACCAUGAAGAUGGUGAGGUCCAACAAGGAGCUGGUUCCCCACGAAGUGGGCAGCACCAUGCACGACAUUGUGGCUGGAAGCAUGCCAAGUGGACCCCAUCCGGUCGUGGGAUCCUCUGGCACCCACCUCGCGGAAAACUUUUGGCGGCGAAUCGAAGCCGAACUGCCCCAUGUGGACAGGACUUUGGCCAGAGAGGCCUUGGAUUCCUUUGCCAAGCAUGAGAGUUCCAUCGUGGGAGCGGACAACCUGUUUGAGGUCUCUGUGAGGGAACACAUCGAGUACCAUGACUGCGAUGGCGACAAGCUGCUCCACUGGGGCACCAAGGGCUUCCAGAGAUUCAUCCGCCUGCUGAUGAAUGUCGGUGAGGAUCAGCCCGAGGAUCUGGGCUUACUCGCAGGUCAUGUCCACCUCGGGAAGAAGGUCACCAGAAUUGAGUUGGCCCGCCCUCGUAAGGUAAUCCUGCGCUGCGAGGAUGGGGAUUACUUCGAGGCGGAUCACGUCAUCUGCACUGUAUCCCUGGGAGUCCUGCAGGAGCAGCACGAGAAAAUGUUCAUCCCCCCUCUUCCACCGGCCAAGGUGAAUGCCAUCCGCAGCCUUAAUCUCGGAACCGUGAACAAACUGUUCUUGGAGUUUGAGCAGCAACCGCUUCCCGAUGAUUGGGUCGGUUUCUACUGCUUCUGGUUGGAGCAGGAUCUAAAGGAGCUGCGCAAGACAGAGUAUUCCUGGCUGGAGGGCAUCACCGGCUGCCACAAGACCACUUGCCAGCCCCGUCUGCUGAUGGCCUGGGUGGGCGGAUCACAUGGACGCCACAUGGAGACCCUGUCGGAUGAGAAAGUCCUGGAGGGCUUGCAGUGGCUGUUCCGCAAGUUUCUGACUUUCGAGGUGCCAGCACCCAAGCGCUUCCUGCGCAGCAAGUGGUUUACGAAUCCAAAUUUCCGCGGGAGCUACAGCCUUCGCACCACGAAGGCCGAUGAACACGACACGGGUCCCUGGGAUCUGGAGACACCUGUAACUGGACCGGAUGGCCAUCUCGGCCUGCUUUUUGCCGGAGAAGCCUCCAGCAGGAACUACUUUUCCACUGUUCACGGAGCCGUGGAGGCGGGCUUUCGGGAGGCAGAUCGUCUGAUCGGACUAUACUCAUCUUGCGGUCCAAAUUCAUAGAGUAGCUUGGUUUUGGUACUUUUCUACGCCCUAUUUAGUUAAUUAGGUUACUCAAAUUCCUUGUUUCUUAAAUAAAAUUA